CAGAAACAUUUUAUUUCUGACAGUUCAAAAUUCUUGUGUGUAAAUAUACUGAAACAAUUUUUCAAACAUUCUAAAAUGUAUGAUGCCAAGGAACUUCACAGUCGAUUCCUAAAGGAAGUUGCGGAGUCAUCGAAACUACUUCCUAGUUUGUCCUGCACUGCACUUCCAAGUUUUCUGUUUUUGUUUUCAGUGUUUUUGCUGCUCUACUUUCGAUUUCAUCAGUACGAGACCUAUUUUGCUGCAUGGUACUCUAAAUUAUAUAAGGCUUUGUUAUUCCACUGGACGUAUUUUUAUACUACAAGAGUAUGGUUUAUAUUUUUGAAAAUUUGCAAAUGGAUAAUCGAAAACGGAGAUCAUUUAUUCACAAAUGAAAGUAACUCUUAUACGAAAAUGCACAAAAAUCUAGUUACCUGUGUCAUGUUCCUGAUUGUCUUGGGCAUAUCGUUGAUUCCAUGUAUUGUAUUGACUAUUAAAUGUUUUGAUAGGACGAUAAUACCCAAUUUUCUGAUGAUGGGUGGAGCUGAGGAUCCUUGGAUGAGGAGCGAGAUAGGUACAGCAGGACACUAUCUAGAACGGCCACCUAGAGCAGGAAUGUUUUCCUAUAAAAAACAGAAUGUGUCCUACCGAUCCAAAAGGUCAACGAGUGUGGAUACGGAUAUUUAUAUGCCUCGUCAACCCUUUGUCUUCAGAUCCAGUCGAUCUCUGCAAAAUAUAAAUAAUGAGCAGUAAUGUUAAAAAAACUUGUUUUUAUUACUAAACUAUUGUCUUUCUAUAUUUUAAUAAUUCUAAAGUUAAUAAAUG